AUGGCGGUGCAAGCCCUCGGAUCGAUUCGGCAACUCACCGUGAAUUGGGUGCCGCCCGUGCACGACCUGAUACAACUCACCCAGCUGCUCGAUUGCGGCCAGUUGAAUGUUCUAGGGCUUCCAGGGUUGCUCACCUUCGACUUCGACAUCAUCCGCAUCUCCUGCGUCUACGGAGUGGACAGCCCGGUUUUGAAGUUCGUCAGCCAACUGCUGGCCUGUCCCGCCGGCUUCGGUAUCAUCCUCUUUGCUUGGGGGCUUGCCAAACUGAGGGGAAAGCAGAUGUCUUGGGACUCGGUCUUCAACCUCUGCGGCGUGAUGAUGUUCGCGUUCUUCAUCACGGUGACGCUGGCGGCGCUCACUCCGUUCCAGUGCUUGCCAAAUCCGAACGACCAGUGGUCCCUGGCCUCCAACCCUGGCAUCAUCUGCUGGGCAUCUGAUGAGCACAUUGCAUUGAUUGGCUUGGCAGUCAUUGGCAUCAUCUGUUACCCGGUCGCAAUCCUCGUGUGGGCAACCUACACCACAGUGAUGUACCCUGCGAGAAUUCACUCUGGAGCCGGACUUCAGCUGGUACAUCGCCACCGCUUCCUCUUCCAGCGCUUCAAGCCAGAGUGCUACUACUUCGGCUUGGUCUUGCUGGUUCGGAAUGCUCUGGUGGCACUCUUUCCAGUGCUCUUCGUUGCCGUCCCCAGCUUACAAGUCGUGCUGAUGGGACUGAUCUUCGUCGUCUCCGCAGCGAUGCAGAUCCGCGCGUGGCCAUGGCGUACAGAGAUCGCCAACUUCGCGGACUUGGUCAUGACCUGCCUACUUCAGAUCGUGCUGCUGGGUGCAGCUCCUCUGCUGGAAAUCGAUAAGGACAAGUCCUCCGAGCUGUUGGGCUGGCUAUUGUUCUUUGCAGUCUUGGGUCCCUGCGUUGCCGGGGCGGUGGCUCUGGGCUUCACGUUUUACCGCUACUACAUGCCAAAGAUGCUGUUCGGCAUCUUCUUGUGCCACCACAAGGGUGGAGCAGGCAGCCUUUGCCGAUUGAUCAAGCUCCUUGUGUCCCGGCACAGCUCCACCAACGUCUUCCUGGAUUCGGAUCAGCUGGAGGACCUGGAUUUGAUCUUCAACACGAUCCGCGCCACAACGAAGAGCGUGGUGGUGGUGCUGACGCCAGAACUACUGAAGCGCAUGUGGUGCGCAGGGGAGAUUGUGACCGCUUUCAAGAACAACAUUGCCACGGUACCAUUGGUAUGCGACGGCUAUACCCAGCUGACAGACGACGAUAUCGAAGAAAUUCCCUCUGUAUGGACAGCUCAGCAGAAGCAGAUUUUGGCCAACUACGGCAUCCGGAUGGAGCACGUCAAAGAGGCCUACAUGUGGCUACGUGAUGCGCUUCUCUCACUGACCAUGCAUCGUUUCGGACGGCCCGAGCAGAAGGAGGAGGUGGUCGUGACGAUGCUUCAGCGUUGCAAGGUCCCAUUGAAGGCGAUCCGAUACGCGGACAGCGUCUGGGCACCGAGCCAUCUGCAGAGGCCAAGGAUCCUGAUCACCGGUGCAGUCACCGAUGCUGAGGCGCUGGACGCCUGCGAAGUCUUUCAGAUCCUUGCCCGCGGCCAGCUGCGCGUCGACACUGCAGUGGUGCGCACUGCAGGAGACAUCGUCAGACUCAGGCCUUGGGCCUACUAUUUCGUGGUGCUUUUCUCUCGUGGCAUGCUCCGGGAUCCGCGCUUCGCGAAGAUCUUGCUCGCGACGGGCGCGGGCUUGCGAGAUAACAAGAGCAUGGAGGUGCUGGAAGAACGAACUCUGGAAAUUGUCACCGUCAGCGCCGAUGUCGGCUUCGAGUUUCCCAGCGCCGACUUCUUCCAAGAGUUGGAGGAUCCGGGCUUAUACCCGCUGACACUGACAUUGGGCUUCACACAAAUGGUGCAGUCACUGAUGUCUGCAGUGGGGGCGAUUCUUGAAGUUGCCUGCCACCAUGGACAUGCAGGGAGCCCCGAGGUUGAGGUGGAAGUCCCGGUGGACGAGGAAGAAGAUGAGGCUGGUUUCAUGCAGAAGGCCCUGGACAUGGACAGGGAAACAAGGGUUCAGUCGAGUUGGGUGGAGCUGCUUGCCAAACUUCAAGAGGCAAUGUGCAGCCAAACCAAAGGAGCACUGUUGGCGAACCUUCGAUGGAUACGAAGCAAGCUGCAUCACAGGAGUGUGGAUGUCUCGAAGGGUUACCUCCUGGGGCACCUCCAGGGGCGGCCAGGAGACCUGGUGGCACUUCUCGCGGCUGCUGAGGCAGACGCUGCGGAAGUCGAGGAGAGUGGGUCCGAAGUAUAUCCCUGCUCCACGUGGUGCUGGGAAUGGUGGGAUGAAUUGGUUGUCUUCCUCCCGACACAGCCAGGAUCCCUUGCUGCUCAAGGGCGCCUCCAGGUUGACCAUCCUCCACCGGUGCUCUUCAUGAAGCCCUUGCCUGAGGGGGAAAGUGAUGGAGAUGAACCUGCUCCCCUACUACCUGGUGAACCACCGAAGGGCCCGCCACCACCGAAACCGCAAUGGAUGGUGCAAAUGGAGGAAGACAGCCUGGAUGACAAUGCCCUGGCCGAGCUUGCCUCUCAGUACGAAGCGGAUAUGCGCAAGAGGCAUGCAGAGUUGGAGGCGGAGCAGGCCGCUCAUGAAGCUGAGGAGGCCAAGGAGAACGACUAUGCCAGGGACAUGCUGCAGGCGCACGAGACGGCCAUGGCCAAAGCUUGGGACGACUGGGCUUUGUACGAUGAGAUGCACAAGCCACCUUUGACUCGCUCCAGGAAGGUGCUGAAGAUCUCGCUUGGAGUGCAAGGAGAGGGUGAACCAAUGCAGAUGGAAGUUCCCCUCCCUGAAGACCGCCCGGUGUCAAUGGAGCUCAGGGUGCAGGUGGGGCUCUCGUCAAUGUCGGACACAGGACCGUCGACACCUGCUACUCUCCCGGUCCAAGAUGCUUGCCUUGAGGAGACGGGGAAAUCCAGGAGCUCAACGUGGGACCAGGUUUCGGCUUUGUCUCCUGACAGCCUGCAGGCACUUUAUCAUCGCUGGCGUGACGGGGAGAUCACAAGUGCAAUGGUUGUUAAGGACUUUGGGCCUUCGGUCUUGGAAGCCAUCCAAGUGGAACACCUGACCUACAUGGACGGCAAGCUGUUCUAUGACAGGGAAAAGAGGGCUAGGGAUCAAGCACCGCCUACGAUGAGGGACACGGACGACUGA